AUGGAGGCCCAAGCUGCGCGGCGGCGCGACUCGGUCGACACGAUGGUCUCGCUGCUCCAGCUCGACCCCACGCCCAUGGAUCCCAGCACCGAAGAUCUGACGGCAUUGUCAGAGGAUACCCUGGAAUCCUCCACGUCGACCCUCAAGUCACACGGCACAAGCUCGACCUUUAAAUCCAAUGGGACUUCGUCCAGCCUCGGCCUGAGUGGCAUGGGCAAAGGGCCGAUCUACUACCUUACACGGAUCCAGCGCUACUCGUCAUACACAUUCGCUGCCUUUGCCGGCCUGCACCUCGCCAACACAUCGAUAAUACCCUUGAUCUACCAGUCGGUCCCAUACUCGGAGCCGUUCCUACUCAUGGCGCGCGAGAUAUACCAGACUCCCCUCACAGAACCGCUGCUCGUUGCCCUGCCCAUAGUGGCGCACAUAGCCUCGGGGAUUGCCCUUCGCCUGGUCCGCAGGAACGAGAACCUGCGACGCUACGGUGGCGCGACGCCCGGCAUAUUACCCUUGCGGCACGCGCAUACUUCCUCGUCCACGAAAACAAGCGGCAGCAGCACCACCUCGUCGACACCAAACCCGUGGCCUGUGAUAUCAAACAUCUCCAUGUCCGGCUACAUGUUCGCCAUCCUGCUCGUCCCGCACGUGGUGAUCAACCGGCUCCUGCCGCUCCUCGUCGAGGGCGACAGCUCCAACAUCGGCCUCGCGUACGUCUCGCACGGCUUCGCGCGCGACCCGAUCCCGCCCUGGAUCGUAUACUCGCUCAUGCUGGCGUUCGGCGUGGGCCACAUGGUCUGGGGCGCGGCCAAGUGGAUGGACCUCGCGCCGCCGGUGAACUGGCGACGGACCACGAUCGACAAGAAGCUGAGGCGGAAGCGGAGCCGCGCGUGGUGGGGGAUCCAUGCCGUCGCCGCGACGCUCACGGGCCUGUGGGCUGCGGGAGGCUUGGGUAUCGUUGCCACUGCCGGGCGGGCAGAGGGGUGGAUUGGCAAGGUGUAUGAGAACAUCUACCAGUACAAGGGAUGGUAG